GGAGGGAACUGAAAGGUAAGGAAGCACUAUUUCAGCAAGAGGUCUCUCCUCCCCGUCUCGAUCCUCCAGCCACUGGCACAGCCUCCCCCUGAAAAUGAUGCUGUGGGAGAAGCACUGGAGUUGCCCUGUGUCCCAUGCCUAGGAACAUCUCCACCUCCAGCUCCUCUCCUCUGGGGCUCACGGCAACCCCAUGCUACGCACCGCAGGCAGGGACGGCCUCUGUCGCCUGUCCACCUACUUGGAAGAACUUGAGGCUGUGGAGCUGAAGAAGUUCAAGUUCUACCUGGGGACUGCGACAGAGCUGGGAGAAGGCGGCAGGAUCCCCUGGGGACGCAUGGAGACCGCGGGUCCCCUGGAAAUGGCCCAGCUGCUCAUCACCCACUUCGGGACAGCGGAGGCCUGGAGGCUGGCUCUCAGCAUCUUUGAGUGGAUGAACAGGAGGGACCUGUGGGAGAGAGGACAGAGAGAGGACCUGGUGAGGGAUCCCCAGGAAACCUACAGGGAUUACGUCCGCAGGAAAUUCCGGCUCAUGGAAGACCGCAAUGCGCGCCUAGGGGAAUGUGUCAACCUCAGCCACCGGUACACUCGGCUCCUGCUGGUGAAGGAGCACUCAAACCCCAUGCGGGCCCAGCAGCAGCUUCUGGACACGGGCCGGGAACACGCGAGGACCGUGGGACACCAGACCAGCCCCAUCAAGAUAGAAACCCUCUUUGAGCCAGACGAGGAGCGCCCCGAGCCACCGCGCACCGUGGUCAUGCAAGGGGCGGCGGGGAUAGGCAAGUCCAUGCUGGCUCACAAGGUGAUGCUGGACUGGGCGGACGGGAAGCUCUUCCAAGGCAGGUUUGAUUAUCUCUUCUACAUCAACUGCAGGGAGCUGAACCAGAGUGCCGCGGAACGCAGCAUGCGAGACCUCAUCUCCAGCUGCUGGCCGGAGCCCAGCGCGCCUCUGCGGGAGCUAGUGCGCGUUCCCGAGCGUCUCCUUUUCAUCAUCGACGGCUUCGAUGAGCUCAAGCCCUCUUUCCACGAUCCUCAGGGACCCUGGUGCCUCUGCUGGGAGGAGAAACGGCCCACGGAGCUGCUCCUUAGCAGCUUAAUUCGGAAGAAGCUCCUCUCUGAGCUAUCUCUGCUCAUCACCACGAGGCCCACAGCGUUGGAGAAGCUCCACCGUCUGCUGGAGCACCCCAGGCACGUGGAGAUCCUGGGCUUCUCGGAGGCCGAGAGGAAGGAGUACUUCUACAAGUAUUUUCAAAAUGCAGAGCAGGCAGGCCACGUCUUCAACUACGUGAAGGACAACGAGCCUCUCUUCACCAUGUGCUUCGUGCCCCUGGUGUGCUGGGUGGUCUGCACCUGCCUCCAGCAGCAGCUGGAGAGUGGGGGGCUGCUGAGACAGACAUCCAGGACCACCACUGCGGUGUACAUGCUCUACCUGCUGAGUCUGAUGCAACCCAAGCCCGGGACCCCGCACCUCCAGCCCCCACCCAACCAGAGAGGGUUGUGCUCCCUGGCGGCAGACGGGCUCUGGAAUCAGAAAAUCCUGUUUGAGGAGCAGGACCUCCGCAGGCAUGGCCUGGACGGGGCAGACGUGUCCGCCUUCCUCAACAUGAACAUCUUCCAGAAGGACAUCAACUGUGAGAGGUACUACAGCUUCAUCCACCUGAGCUUCCAGGAAUUCUUCGCAGCUAUGUACUAUCUCCUGGACGAGGGCGAGCGUGCGGCAGGCCCAGAGCAGGACGUGAACAGGCUGUUGGCCGAGUACGAGUUUUCAGAAAGGAGCUUCCUGGCACUCACCAUCCGCUUCCUCUUCGGGCUGCUGAACGAGGAGACCAGGAGCCACCUGGAGAAGGGUCUCUGCUGGAAGGUCUCGCCGCACAUCAAGACGCAGCUGUUGCAGUGGAUCCAGAGCAAAGCGCAGAGCACCGGCUCCACCCUGCAGCAGGGCUCCCUGGAGUUCUUCAGCUGCCUGUACGAGAUCCAGGAGGAGGAGUUUAUCCAGCAGGCCCUCAGCCACUUCCAGGUGAUCGUGGUCAGCAACAUCGCCUCCAUGAUGGAGCACAUGGUCUCCUCGUUCUGCCUGAAGAACUGCAGGAGCGCCCAGGUGCUGCACUUGUAUGGCGCCACAUACAGCGCGGACAGGGAAGACCGGGCUAGGUGCUCUGCAGGGACCCACACGCUGUUGGUGCAGCUACCGGAGAGGACCUUUCUGCUGGAUGCCUACAGUGAACAUCUGGCCUCGGCCCUCUGCACCAAUCCGAACCUGAUUGAGUUGGCUCUGUACCGAAAUGCCCUGGGCAGCCGGGGGGUGAAGCUGCUCUGUCAAGGACUCAGACACCACAACUGCAAACUUCAGAACCUGAGGCUGAAGCGGUGCGGUGUCUCCAGCUCAGCCUGCGAAGACCUCUCUGCAGCUCUCAUAGCCAAUAAGAAUCUAACAAGGCUGGAUCUCAGCGGCAAUGGCAUUGGACUACCAGGCGUGACGCUGCUUUGCGAGGGCCUGCGGCAUCCCCGAUGCAGGCUGCAGAUGAUUCAGUUGAGGAAGUGUCAGCUGGAGUCCGGGGCGUGUCAGGAGAUGGCCUCUGUGCUCAGCACAAACCCACAUCUGGUUGAGCUGGACCUGACAGGAAAUGCCCUGGAGGACUUGGGCCUGAGGUUUCUGUGUCAGGGACUGAGGCACCCAGCCUGCAGACUACGGACUUUGUGGCUGAAGAUCUGCCACCUCACUGCUGCUGCCUGUGAAGGGCUGGCCUCAACACUCAGCGUGAACCAGAGCCUGACGGAGCUGGACCUCAGCCUCAAUGACCUGGGGGACCCCGGGGCACUGCUGCUGUGUGAGGGCCUCAGGCAUCCCACCUGCAAGCUCCAGACCCUCCGGUUGGGCAUUUGCCGGCUGGGUGCUGCCGCCUGUGAGGGUCUUUCUACCGUGCUCCAGGCCAACCACCACCUCCAGGAGCUGGACCUGAGCUUCAACGACCUGGGAGACUGGGGCCUGUGGCUGCUGGCCGAGGGGCUGCAACAUCCCACCUGCAGACUCCGGAAACUGUGGCUGGAUAGCUGUGGCCUCACAGCCAAGGCUUGUAAGAACCUUUACUUCACCCUGGGGAUCAACCAGACCUUGACGGAGCUGUAUCUGACCAACAACGCCCUAGAGGACACAGGUGUCCGACUGCUCUGCAAGCGGCUUAGCCAUCCUGGCUGCAAACUCCGAGUUCUCUGGUUAUUUGGGAUGGACCUGAAUAAAAUGACCCACAGUAGGCUGGCAGCGCUUCGAGUAACAAAACCUUACUUGGACAUUGGCUGCUGAAUGGUCCUGUCUGCUGGCUCCCACUUGAAAUCUGGACAGAGGAAGAUGGGAGUGUGCUCGUCAUUCCCACAGCCUCAUGAUCAGGCUCCUUCCUACAAACUCAUGCAGACUAAGAUCAAAAGUCCCUCUGCUUGGGAUCAAAUUAACGUUUGAUGGCCCCUAACAGGAGAGGUAAAACCCCAACAGGGGGCCAGGUGUGGUGCUCAUGCCUGUAACCCCUGUACUUAAGGUGGGGGGGGACAAGAUGGUUGCUAAAGUCCAGGAGUUCAAGACCAGCCUAAGCCACAUAGCAAGCCUCCACUAUUACGAAUUAGCCAACGUUUCAGCCUGGGUAACACGGUGAAAUUUAUUAGUACAAUUUAUGACCCAGGAGGACACAUGCCUGUAGUCCCAGCUAUUCUGGGAGCUGAGGUGGGAGGAUCGCUUGAGCCCAGGAGGAUGAGGCUGCAGUGAGCUGUAAUUGCACCUCUGCACCCCAGCCUGGGCAACAGAGGAAGAUCUUGAAAAAUGCCCAGUAGGGGGCCUCAGAAGGCCACCCAGCCCUGCAGAGCCCUGGCUGCAUCCGGACCUAGUAAUAUUUGAGCUCUAGGGUAGGUGCCACUGCCAUCUAGUGGACGACGCUAGGAAUGCAUGCCAACAUCCAGCAAGGAAUGCACAGGAACAAAGCGCUUGGUCCAAAGGCAAAUUGUGCCAAGUUGAAGAAAGCCUAUUCUCCAAUGUCACAGGCUAUGUGGGGCAGUUGGCGUUUGGGAAGAGACUGGUAUACAAGCUGACCCUUAGAAUGCUUGUUAUAGCCAGGGGUGGUGGUUCACGCCUCUAAUUCUAGCACCUUGGGAAGCCAAGGCAGGUGGAUUGCCUGAGCUCAGGAGUUCCAGAACACCCUGGGUAACAUGGUGAAACCCUGUCUCU